AUGUUUGAGGCGUGAUAGUUUGGUCGACCCAAAUCAGGAAAACCUCGUUUAAAUUAUCAUGUCAAACUCGGUUAAGUCCAUUUUUUUUUAAUCGAAUCAAUUUGGCUUGUGCCCUAUACAAAAUCCCCACACGGACUGAAUAAAAAGAAGCGGUUGAACGACAAAACGCGGAAAAGUUGGCCAAGCCAAUUCAUUCAUCGUUCCACGAACAUCGGCGGGCAUUACUCGCAUUUGGCACGCACGACCUUACGCUGCUCGACUGUUUUUUUAUUUCAAAGUGCAUUUUACGUGAUUUUUUCGGGGCGCGAAAAUGAAAUCGCGCAAGUGACGCAUUUCCAACCCCAUUCAAGUGCCGGAUUUCCGACAGGCGCUUCGGCACAAUUUCUCCCUGGCUCGAUUAUUGAAUUGUAAUUAGCAACCGCCGAAAUUUCGUUGUGGAAUGGCAACAGGGCGAUUGGCUUUUGUUCGGGCGCAGCCAAUCAACCACCGGGAGUCUGGAUUGGAUCCCAUCGUUGUGGGGCUGCAGCGUUGCCAAGCUGGGUAUUAAUUGAAGAAAAACCCGACGUAUGUAGAAUGGGCGCAGCUCAAGUUUCAGCCCCCCAUUCCAUCGCCUUGGUGGUUCUGUUGGGCAUUUUGGUGUCGCCAGUGGUACCUAGAAGUGAGGCGGUUCCUCAAAGCCAACAGCAGCCCAAGUCGCGCCAGAAAAGAAUCUUAUGGGUUACCGAAGAUGGACGGCUGGCCCUUCCGCCAGGCACCACCAUGGUGAUUUCGCCCUCUCUAUCCAUGCCCUUCGUCAGGCAUCCUCCCAAGGGGUUCUUCUCCAACAUAACAAUCAGCCUGCCCUUUACCAUCGACUUUGACAAGUUGGGGCUGACGGACAACGAAAACCCCUUUGGGGAUGUGCCCCCUUUACUGGCCAGGUCAAUGGGGCGAGCGGCUGGCGGUGUGCUGGCCGACUACAUUGGCAAUAUUCUAGAGGGCAGGAAAGGCAAAAGGUCGGCAGACACGCCCCAUCCGGGACUGGCUGGCCAAUUACAAGGCGGCGAACGGGCUCUUCUUUACUUGGCUGUUGAGGAGCUGUUGGAGAACUUUGGGCUGGAUGGGCGCGCCUGCCUGCUAAGGGCCAUAUGCGAGGUGCACGCCCAUCCUUUGCGUGGAUUUGGACUUUUGGGGGAGAUGCUGAAGCUCUUUCUCAGUGCCAGCAAAUCGCCGUACGCGCACUUGAUGCAGGAUUACGUGGAGGCGGAAAAGGCCGGCCGAGGAGGAAAAGAAGGACCUGCAGAGUGCUGGCCCUAUAUGAAGGACUGUCCUAAGUCGAUAUUCAUGCGGCGGCACAGCCCCUACAGCCAGGACAUGGACAAUGAGGUCGGUGAGGAAACCAUCCACAAUCCUGCCGUAGGCAGCAUGUAGGAGGCAGAAGCCCCCAGCAGGCAUUGAUAGUGAUACCAAAUAAAUCAGGAUGUGAUUAGUACACUAAGUCAGUUAGUUGGAUUUGCCAUUGGGUUAAUUAACAAAAAAAAAACGGUUAAUCAAAUGGCAAACAGGUAUAAUGGGGGUUGUUCUCGUGUAAAUAGCUUAUAGUAUUUAUUUCAUUUGGCAUUGUUGCGGUACAUGUUACGUUGUCUACUCCUUAAACUAAAUAAGCAUUGUAAAUAAUUCGCUAGUCCAGAAAAUGUGUCAUAUAACAUUAGGCCCACAAAUAUACCAUGUCACGACUGA